AUGGUCAGGUACAUGACCUCUGAGAUGGCGUAUGUGGACCCCUCAGUGGCGCGGUGUCGACGACGUCUUAUGGCCUAUGACCUCACAGAAGCUCUAGGUAGAUCGCCGUGCUUUGAUUUCCUAGUGGAUGUUCUCCCUGCAACGCCGAUAACUGCUGUACGACGAGUCCAUGCAGGGGAAUGUCCUUCCCCACCUAAGCCAGCAGAUGUCACUGUGCCCCCUGAGCUGCUCGUCUCGUCCUCGAGUGAGGAGAGCGAGAGCGAGCAUGAGCCCGACAAGAAAGACGUGGAGAAUUCGGAAGCGGUGGAGGAGGACAUCGUAUUCGAGGAAGCUGACUUUGAGUUCGCGCAGCAUGCUUUUGCCAGUUGA